AUGGCAGCUUUUCUAGAGCUUGAAAGGGUUGCUAGAGCAGGUGAGCAAAGGAAGUAUUGUUGCGAGCGACUGGGUCUCCAAGGCCACCGCCUGGAGCAGCGGCGCCGUGCUUUAGAUGCGUGGCUGGCUGCAGCAGCUGCUCUGCUGGAUGACGCGCAGGUCUCCUGUGCAGGAGCUGUCAAAAGAGGACAGUUGCGGUGGCUGGCAGAAGACGAGGCAAUGUUCAAAGUGCUCAAUAACCACCCUUUCCUCCCCACCUUGUGCAACCCCCGUUUUGAGGCGCCUCAAAAGGCAGAAGACGAGGCAAUGUUCGAAGUGCUCAAUAACCACCCUUUCCUCCCCACCCCCCCCCCAAUGCACCUUUUCCACCCUUCCCUCCCCAACUUGGGCAACGAGGUGACUUUUGGGUCGUCUCAAAAGCCAUCUCGAGGCAAUGACGAGGUGGGGGAGGAGGGGGAGAGAGGGGAGGGGGGAGCAGAGGAGGACGAGAACGUUCUGGAAGCAUCUGGCAGGCGGAAGAGGGCAGUGGGUGCAUCUGUACCCGCGCCACCCUUUCAACCCCCCCCCCAACCCCCCCUCUCCCUCCCCUCCUGCUGUUCUCCCCGUCUUCUCCCCCCUAUUCUUCCUCUGCCUGUCACCCCUGCAGCUGCUUUGGCAGAAGACGAGGCGGAGGAGGAGGGGGAGAGAGAGGAGGAGGGAGCAGAGGAGGACGAGAACGUUCUGGAAGCAUCUGGCAGGCGGAGGAGGGCCGUGGGGGCACCUGUAGCGAAUGCUGCAGGGAAAGGCGCAGCACCAGCAGGAGGAGGAGGAGGAGGAGGAGGAGGAGGAGGAGGAGGAGGAGGAGGAGGAGGAGGAGGAGGAGGAGGAGGAGGAGGAGGAGGAGGAGGAGGAGGAGGAGGAGGACAAGAAGGAGGAGAAGGAGGAAAAGUGGGAGUGGGAGGCUUAAGUUUGUGGGGUUUUGGAAGCGGAUCGGCAGCUAGCAGUGUGACUAAAACGAAUACAGCUGCAGUGGCGGCGGCGGCGGCAGCAGCAGCUGGGAGUGAUAAUAUGGGGCGUGACUUCGGAGGAGGGAGCGACGCAGGGAGCGGGUUUGAGUACCACGAUGGUUCCCGCAUGGUAGCUUUCACACGUGAAUUUUCAGACGCCUCUUCUGUCGCUUCCUCUGCUGUCACCCCCUCCCCUCACCCCGCCUCCUCGCACCCUCUCGCCUCGUUUGAGGCGCCUCUUGAAUCGCCUGCUUUUGAGGCGCCUCUUGAAUCGCCUGCUUUUGAGAAAUCUCAGAAGCUUUCCCCUCUCCCGGUCGCUGCCUCACACCCUCUUGCCUCGUUUGAGGCAUCCUCGUUAAGCAGAGAGGUUGCAGGAGUGGGGGAUGGGGGUGGGAGCAUGCACCUACCGGUGCACACCGCUGCAGCGAACAGUGAGCAUGUGGCUAGUGGAUUACAGGGGAACAGAGAUGGACUUGUGUCAGGUGCGGGCGGAGAGGUUGAGAGGGCUAUAGAUGAAUCACAGACGCCAGCAGGACGGGGAGUGGACGGAGAGGGAGCAAGAGUAGGGGCGAGGCAUUUGGGAGAUGGAGGUUUGGGAGAUGGAGGUUUGGGAAUGGGCAGGCGAGAGGUGGGAGCUGUGUUGGUGGGGGGCGAGAGGGAGAGUGAAGGAGGGGGGAUUGUUGGAGGGGAGGAGUUGGGUGAACGGGUUGGUGGAGGGAAGGAGUUGGGGGAUGGGAGGAUGGCAACGAAUGGGAGUGUGGAUGGUAGAAUGGAUGGGCAUGCAAGUGUGCUGCCACAUACUGUUAUUGAUACUACCACCACCGCACACACCACCAUACAUCCCAGUGACACCACCGCACCACACACUUCCGCAGACCCCACCACCGCACCACACACCACCAUACACCCCGGCGACGCCGAACUCAUGGCGGAGCUUGUCCAAGGCGUUUCCGGGCAGGUGGCUUUGAGCCUGCCCGAGGAGAAACGGGCAGCGGUGAAAAAGAUGCUGACUGGGCUUCGGAGGCGCCUGGUAGCUGCCCAGACAGACAUGGGAGAGCUGAUGGAGCGAGUGGCUCAGGAGACUGCUGUGAAGGAGUUUCUGGCGAGCAAGGUGCGAGGGCUGGAGGCUGAACUAGACGCGGAGAGGAGGAAGCUGCGAGCGGAGGUGGCGAGGGAGGUGCGAGGGCUGGAGGCUGAACUAGACGCUGAGCGGAGGAAGCUGCGGGCAGAGGUGGCGAGGGAGGUGCGGGAGGAGCGGGAGCGACAGCUGGCGGCACAGUGGCAGGCAGAGGAGGACAGGGCGGCAUUGGGUGAAGCGAGGGAGAGCGUGGCACAGCUGGAGAAAGAGAAGGCAGAGCUACAGCAGCAGCUACAGACAGCAACAGAGGAGCACCAGAAGACACAACAAGACAAGGCUGCUGAGCUGGCAGCUGUGCGGGCGGCAGAGGCUCAGGCUCGGGCCGAAGCAAAGCUGCUGGCUCGGGAGGUGAAGCAGCUUCGGCAGGCCGUUGCCGAGGCUGAGAGGAAGAGGCGGGCGGCAGAGGGGCGGGCUGCUGAGCUGGAGGCCCAACAGGAGGCGCACAGUGGUGCUGUAUCAGCGUGGCAGGGCAAGGCAGAGCGGUUCCUUCACGAGGUGCGGGUGCUGCGGCAGCGCAUGAAAGACGCCGCUGUGGAACGGCUUUCAGGGGGUGAAGGGACGGGAGAGAGCAAGGGAGGAGGUGGGGAUGGCAUCAAUAGAGGUGGCGGAGGAUCAGAGGGAGGAUUAGGAACAGGAGGGGAGGAGACAGCGCGGACAGCAGCAGAGAGUGGUGGAGGAAUGGGGUCAGGUGGAGGCAUGCAAUCAGGGGUACAAGAGGAGAUGGAGCUGCUAGUUACGUCGGACAGACGGCUUGAGCUGCUGGCAGCAGAGGCACGUUUACUGAAGCCUAGCAGCUCAGCUGCUGCACUCGAUAACAACAGAUUCAAUACAAGUACAAGCCUUUGGGAUGAAAGAAAGGGUGUACUUGAUGGUACAGCAGCUGUGCAGGCACGAAUCGACGGCUGUGAUGGAUCGUUAGGAGACCGACAGGGUGAAGAUGGAGGCAGUGUAUUGGGCAGAGUUCAUACGGUGGACGGCGCGUUUCGGCAUGUUGUGGGUGACUUGCUAGAGGACGAAGCAGCACUUAGGCGAAGAAAUCCUACGGGGCGCGUCAUACGUCGCUUGGCAGCCAUGGCGGCGAUUGCUCUACCCCGCAAGGCGCUUAGCGGAAUCUUUUCGCGAUCCCUCGCAGCCGUCCCAGCAACUGCCUCCUUGGCUCUGCACACGUCAUCUCUGGUCGCUGAUGCAAGCAUCCCUCGCAACGACACGUCACCAUCAUGGCCAUCCACGUCACCCUCCUCACCUCGACCAUGCCCCGCCCAAGCUCCCGCUCCUCAUGCGUCACACCAAACCCCCCGAACCUCCUUCCAAGCCACAGCCACAGGCUCGUCAUCACCGUCGCCAUCCUCGCUAUUGCACCACCAUCAGCAGCCGCUGCUGCAAUUUCUAAACAGAGGAGGAAGAGGAGGAGAAGGGAAGACUGAAGGGGCUCCUACAGCUUUUACUGGCGCAUCUGGAUCAAGCGGUGCAAGGGGGUACAGCUCGGUGGAUAUCCAUGGCACGACGGUGCUGUGCGUGCGGAAGGGGAAUUCAGUGGUGAUUGCAGCAGACGGUCAGGUGACCAUGGGAGCGCAAAUCUUAAAGCCCAAUGUGCGCAAGGUGCGACGGCUGGGGGAGAAGAAAUUAGUCAUUGCAGGCUUUGCAGGCACCACAGCGGAUGCAUUCACUCUCUUCGACCGCUUCGAAUCUCGAAUCGACGAAUAUCCAGCUGACGCGAGCGGCAGUAGAGCUAGCAAAGGCAUGGCGAACGGACAAGUACCUGAGGAAGCUGGAUGUGAGAUUGGGGGGGGUGGGGGGGAGAUGGGAGGGCUGGGAGUGCGGUGGAUAGGGGUGGAUGGGGUUGCCUGA